GUUACACAUGUUUUAAAAACAUGCAGUUGAUUCUUGGUUAUUUUAAGGUUACUUUGUGGUUAACAGUAAUGUGUAGGAGAUGACACAACAAUGAAUGGACAACACAAACACCGUACAAAACAAGGCAACAAACAGUACUACAGUGUAAAACUGCAAUGUAAGCCUUGUUAUUCUUCCCCAAGAGCAUUCCUCAGCCUCUGAAAGAUGCAAAUGCAGCAGUGAAUUAUAGACUCUGUAUGCUCUCUAGUCUCUAUGACUGAUAAACUGAUUUGUUCUAUCUUCCCCUUUAAAAUGAAUCAUUAACGCAAAUGUGACGACAAUUAAAGUGGGUGGACAUUGACUGCACUUCAACACUUGACCUGUUUCCACUUCUCCACUUCUGCUGAAAGCAGACAGUUGCUGCUUUCUUUGCCAAGAUCUUCAGAGAUAUAUCAACUCAGGGACAGUCUUAAUAAUACCACAACUAAAAUGGCUUGCAAGCAGCAAAGUCAGCAAGAUGAGCCACAUGGAGUUGACCUGGACUGCAUUCAGUUUUCCUGUUCAGUGUGUUUGGAUCUUCUGAAAGAACCCGUCACCAUUUAUUGUGGACACAAUUAUUGUAAAAGCUGCAUUGAGGAUUGCUGGGAUGGAGAGGAGGAGAAGGGUGAAUACAGCUGUCCUCAGUGCAGGGAGACAUUCAGCCAUCGGCCUGUUCUCAGGAGGAACAACAUGCUGGCUGAGGUUGUGAAUAAGCUAAAGAGCGCCAAGUCAACAUGUCCUUCUCUGGUCUAUGCCGGUCCAACAGAUGUUGCCUGUGACUUUUGCUGUGGGAUCAGAAUCAAAGCCAUUAUGUCAUGUUUGACCUGCUUGGCAUCGUACUGUCCCACUCACCUCGAGCCUCACUACAGCGUUGCUGUGUUGAAGAAGCACGAGCUGGUGGAGGCUACAGUGUCAAUACAGGAGAAAAUGUGCACUAAGCACAAUAAGUUAAAGGAGCUCUACUGUGAGCAAGAUGAGCAGCUUGUUUGCUCUUUGUGCACAGUGGAUGAACACAAGGGCCACGGAUGUGUUUCCGCUUCAGCACUCAAGGAUAAGGCAAAGAAUCAGUUGGCUUUAAAUCAAAGGAAAAUCCAGGACAAAGUCCAAAAGAAAGAAAAGGAGCUGAAAGAACUGAGCCAAGCUGAGGAGAGUCUCAAGAGUUCUGCUCUGACUUCCCUGAAUGACUGUGACAAGAUCUUCGAUUAGCUCAUCUCUUCCAUGCAAAGAAAACAGAGUGAGGUGAAGCAGCUGAUUAAAACCCAGGAAAAAACUGCCACCGCCCAGGCGGAGGACCACCAGUUUCAGUUGAAGGAGGAGAUUACAAAGCUGAAGAGAACAUACGCUGAACUGGAAAAAGCUUCGGAUGCAGAUGACCUCAUAUAUCUGAUGCAGCAUCUCUCCACUUCCUGGGAUUCUCCAGAUGGCUCACCUGGAGCUCCUCCUCAACGCUCCUUUAAAGACAUAACUGAGUGUUUGUCUGAGCUCAAAGAUAAACUGGAAAUGUCACUGAAAGAAACAUGGCCCAUGAUCUCAGCCACAGUUUCAUAUGUUGACUUCUCACUACCUCCGGCCCCCAGCAGCAGAGAAGAGUUUUUACGUUAUGUUUAUCCCCUCAUGCUGGAUGGGACCUCAAACUAUCGUUAUCUCCACCUGAUAUGUGAGAAUCGCAGGAUGAGGCCUUCACCCGGCCAGGCUUCAGCUCAUCCGGACAGGUUCACUAAAUUUCCCCAGGUGCUGUGCAGAGAGGGUUUGGCAGACCGGUGUUACUGGGAGGUAGAGGGACAUGCUCGCACUCUGUCUGUAGCAGUGGCUUAUAAAAACAUCAGCCGGACAUCUGAUGAGUCACAGUUUGGCAAAAAUGACAAGUCCUGGAGUUUAGACUGUACAGCAGAUGGCUUUUUAUUCUGUCACAAUAAUGUAGAAACCAAAGUGCCCGGCUCUGGUCUCUGCAAGAUUGGAGUCUUCCUGGAUUAUAAAGCAGGCACUCUGUGUUUCUAUCACGUCUCUGACCCAAUGGUUCUAAUCCACAAAGUCCAAAGCAAAAUACUACAAAUAUUUAGCACAAUGCUCCAUGAGAAAUCAAGGGACACAUGCUAG